AUGCACCAUCCUAAAGGUGACGCGGCGAGCUGGAUGAAAUACGAACGUGUUGGCGUUGGCGUUGGCGGGGCUGAUGGUGAUCACCCCAGCCAGUGGGCCAAAGAUCAAAACUGCCAGAUCAAGGUCAUAAUAUUCAAGCAUAAGUACAUGUUCGGAUCUCAAAGCGUGCCUCACAGCAUACUUCAUUCGCCUUCGGAACACGGCGGGUUCCCUCCUUUGAGGGAGGCACCAGUUCCAGUGCACGGCCAUGAUGCGCUGACGCUAGGGUUGUGCUUGACGGAUUCCUUGGAGCUGAACCUUUCUACCACGUACACGAGAUCUUCGCCUGUUCGACCAACACGCCAUUUUGUUCGAAUCAAUUACCACAAUGCAUUUCAUUACUGCACAGUAGGCUCUAUACGAGGCCUCAUUGCGGAUAACUUUCGGAAGGCAAAAUAA